GCUGGCAGAAUGGAGGGAAUCCAGGCUGCCACCCAAAAUGCAGUCACCAGCUGUUGAUUCAAUUACGAAUUGGUUUGAUUAAAAUUGGACAGCGAAUGGAUUCACUUCUUUGUAGUUUCAAUUUCAUUGUUUUGAAUACAAAUGCUUGCUUCCGAUUGAAACUAAUGUUACUUAGAACUUAACGUCAAAGCAAUCUGUAAAAAAUGACAAAUGUUGUAUAUUAAAUACAAAACGGUUGCUGGUUUAAUUGGUGAAGUGCAAAUAGUUUUAAGGGUGAAUCAUUUUGAAGUCUGAGCACAGAGAACCCAUCUUGUUCUCUUUAAAUUCUAUGUAUUUACUCAGUUUAGUUUAUAUGGAAAAUUGCUUGGAAGUUAUUAAAAUGUGCAGAUGUCCAAGCCACCAGUACAGUUGCUUCCUUGUCGCAGGUUUGGCGAUUAUGGCAGCACUUUCGGAUCUAGGUUACAAAUAUUACCAGCUAGCCACAUUAGAAAUGAAUGGUUGGAUAGUGGCAUCAGCUGUCGACUGGAUAUUGGUGAUAAUUGCCGCUGUUAUACUUAUUGUAGGCGCAAAAAAGAAAAACAUCAGUCUUUUGCUGAUCUGGGUAAUAGGUUCAAUGGUGCUCGGAGUUUCUCAGGUUAUUAUAAAGAUGGUAAUAUUUUUUUGUUUUUUUUAUGACAACGUCGCUGCGACGAGCCGUAUUCUGAGAAGUGGUUCCCUUAUCUUCGUAAUAUUAUUGUUCUCUCUUUUCGCUUACUACCCAUAUGCAUAUAUCCGUGAGCUGAAAGAGCAAGACGAACAAAAUCAAUGAAGCCAUCCAAUUUUUAUGAACUAAAAAGAAAACCUUAUAUUUUUUGUAUGAUCAUUGUAGAUUAACUCGGAUUAACAUGUAUAAACGUUUCUUGAAGUACUAUUGUAUAUGCUCAAAGGUUUUUUACAAUUGCUCUUUAAAUUAGUCUGGUGUGGGCUCUGGAAAGCCUAAUGUGCGUCUUAGUGGCUUGAUAACCAAAUCAUUCUGGAGAUGUUCCGAGCAGAUCCGUUGUCUUGAAAGGCUCCAUUCGCGGAACGUUGAUAAAUUUUGAGUGCGUCCUCUUAUUUUGAUGCGGAUAUUUGAUCACCGAGUGCAGGGUAAAACGCCUUAAGAGUCUUGGGGCCUUUGAAUCAAAUUCCGCUGCGUGAGACGAUUUAGAAUGUGGUGACUGUAAAACCACCAGACACGCCUUUUGAAAUAGCUUAAACAAAUAAGUUGUUGCGACUAGUUUUAAAUCACUAGCUUUUUUUAAAGGAAUUGAAUGUUAAAUUUUACUUAACAAAAUACAGAUAAGACAGAAAUAUACAAACGAACUUUGAAUAAUUUUAGAUUGAAAAAACAAGGGCACGAGACUUACUAAGCACGAUUCUUCAAAU